UGGUGUAAUCAACUGCUAUAAAUUGAUAACUGAUUAUUGAAAAAGGGAUAUGUACCUGCAGGGAAUCCAGAUUGUUGGCUUGUGAGGCAGCGGUUCUGAAUUCUGAGGCUACGGCAGCACUGGAAAUCAAACCUGAGAAAAGUUCAAUUCUAACAGGUACAUCAUCUGUGCCAAGCUGGAUAUGUUGAUAAUAUAGCAAAAGCUGAUGGAUUCACAUGCUUCACUUGAAACAAGGUUUAUAGUUCAUGAUAACCAAGCUGUCAUUUAGGUUUGAGAAAAUCUCUUCCAGAAAGCUUUCUUGGUGUGCUGAGUCACCUUAAGUUGUGCCAAAUCAAACAAUUAGCUAUUGUUCGACAAGCAUCUCUGAAAAGUACAGUUAUGGAUGGGUCUCAUAGUUUUUAUGACCAAACUAUGCAAGGUCGGGAGUCCUAUUGCUGGCAUCCCAAUCAGAAUCUAGACCAAUACCCAUUCUCUGAUGAUGGCAGCCAAGAGAUGCACCUUUCAGCUGAUACAUUUGAACAGCACUGCACCCUAGAGUCUUCAUCUGGAGCUGGCAGUUACCCUGUUAACAAUUCUCCAUCUACCGCUAGUUUCUCCCCGAAUGAAAGUGCAAUUUCACAGCUAAAUUCUCAGUCAUGCCUAUUGGAUCUGCAUGAUUCCUCUGAGAAUACCAGUGGUUCACCAGAUAGGGGCUCUUAUGUUUCCCACAAGCUGAAAGAACUGGAAAAUGUCAUGCUGGGCCCUGUUGAUGAUCUUGACAUGUAUAAUAUAAUGACUCAGGCUGGAUGCAACCACAUCACAUCUGAGGAAGAGAAGUUUAAGUUUUUGGUGGGGGUGAUGUCCAGAGGAGACUUAAAAGAAGCACUUUGUGCUUGUGCUCAAGCAGUUGCAAAUAAUGAUAUGCUUACAGUUGAAUGGCUAAUGACAGAGUUACGGCAGAUGGUAUCAGUUUCUGGUGAGCCAAUUCAACGUUUGGCAGCCUACAUGCUGGAAGGUCUUGUUGCAAGGUUGGCAUCUUCAGGAAGUUCCAUCUACAAAGCACUGAGAUGCAAGGAGCCUGCGAGUGCUGAGCUGUUAUCUUACAUGCAUAUUCUCUAUGAAGUCUGCCCAUACUUCAAGUUUGGGUAUAUGUCAGCAAAUGGAGCAAUUGCUGAAGCAAUGAAAGAUGAAAGUAAAGUUCAUAUAAUUGAUUUUCAAAUUACGCAAGGCAGCCAGUGGGUCACCUUAAUCCAGGCUCUUGCUGCUCGACCUGGAGGUCCUCCACAUAUUCGACUUACAGGAAUUGAUGAUUCAACAUCAGCUUAUGCUCGUGGAGGAGGACUUGAUGUAGUGGGGAAGAGACUAUCAAGGCUUGCUGAGUCGUGUAAUGUACCCUUUGAGUUCCAUGCUGCUGCAGUUUCUGCUUCUGAAAUUCAACUGGAGAAUCUUGGAAUUCAGCCUGGUGAAGCUAUUGCAGUUAAUUUUGCAUUAACACUUCACCACUUGCCUGAUGAAAGUGUGGGUACUCAAAAUCAUCGGGACAGGCUGUUGAGGUUGGCCAAGAGCUUAUCUCCCAAGGUAGUAACUCUUGUUGAGCAAGAAUCCAAUACUAAUACUGCCCCGUUCCUUCCCCGUUUCACUGAGACAUUAAACUAUUAUUUGGCUGUCUUUGAAUCAAUUGAUGUUACCCUACCGAGGGAGCACAAGGAGCGGAUCAACGUUGAGCAGCACUGUCUUGCUCGGGAGGUUGUCAACAUUAUAGCAUGUGAGGGUGCUGAGAGAGUGGAACGUCAUGAGCCUCUUGGUAAGUGGAGAUCACGGUUUGCCAUGGCUGCAUUUACACCCUAUCCAUUAAGCACGUACGUUAAUGCUACUAUCAAGACUUUGCUGGAGAGCUACUCCAACAAGUAUACUCUCGAAGAACGAGAUGGAGCUCUGUAUCUUGGCUGGAUGAACCGACCUCUGAUUGCUUCUUGUGCAUGGAGGUGAUAACCAGAUGAUAUUUGAGGAAACAUUUGUAUGCUUCAGACUGCAAUUUGAGGCAAGAUCAUUUCAUUAUGCUGUUUGUAGGUAAAAUAGCAUAACAAUGUUGAGACAUUAAUGGAUUAUCUACCAAUGAUAGACUGGCUAAUUUGCAAUAUAAGUUUGUGUUAACUA